AUGCAAGGCGAUCGACUCGAUAACGAAGACACUGGAUCACCUGGAGGUGACGAUGGAAGGGGACUACCAACUUAUGAAGCACUGGAGGCUCGCGAGAGGGGCCCAAACUCUAGGUUUGGACGAUGGCAGGCUUGGGUCGAGAAACGGGCGGCGGAGCGAUAUGCAGAUGACCCACAACGUCGGCGUCAAAGUACCGGAUGGGGACCAACAGUUGAAGCAUCAGUGCAACCAGGCCAACCUCAGCCACCAGCAUACUCUCUUCCUAAAGAAGAGGUCAUAGCCCCACCGCCUGCACCAGCACCUGUGACACGUCCUAUCGCUCGAUGUCUCUCUGUAGCACACUUCGGCUCACGCUUUAUUCCUCAUUCUAAUUCACCGAUUGCUACACUACUCCCUAUCGGAGCAGAUGAUCGUUUCUUGCUAAUGGGGACCGACCGUGGACUUUCUGUCUUGGAUGUACUACCAGCAUUCCACGGUGCACCCACUUCUAACCCGGCACGAGUUCUGGAAGAGGCUAAACCACGCAAUAUUUGGACUGGAGAAGGUGUGUGGCAGAUGGCCUUGCUAGAGAGUCAGGAUUUGGGCGGUUCGAGUCCACAGGGAACCAUCUUGGCUCUCGUCGGCGCCGAGGCUAGUGAGGCUGCGGUGGAUCGCAAGGGCGUUGAGCCAGUGCGGACCAUUCGGAUGUACAAUCUUGCUUCCCUUACUAGUCUUGUAAAAUGGUCUGUUACAAGAAGGGAUGCUCACCCCCUCGACCUUCGUCGGCCUGCCAAUAUGAAUCCUACGCGCUCCUUGAAGAAACACAAAUCUAGUUCUAGUUCUGUGUUCAACAGCUUCAAGGCUAUGUUCAUCGAUUCACAACCACAUAUUCAACCUUAUGAUCCCUCUUCAGCUGCUUCUCCAAGAUCCCCAGCUCUCCAAACGUCAACUCUUGCCCCUCCACGCCAUGAUACACGUAGCUCAUCACCAUCACCGUCACGACCCACGCCCACUCGUUCAUUCAUAUCAGACACGCCCGGCGAAUGGGAUAUUAUAGAGGACUUGCCGUUGCGCUGGGCGACAGACUACGUAAGCUUAUCGCGACCCGGAAGCAAACUCGCAGGAUUGUCUGUCAUGUUUUUUGAAUUAUGGAAAGACUUGUCAGGCAGCCCUGGUACGGAGCGAACAUAUUUAGCUGUUGCGACUCGCCAGUGCAUCUUUCUGUACGAAUCGAUUCCAGGCGAGCGAGCGUUCCGUGCAGUCAAGGAAUUUUAUACACCAUUACCUACACGUAGUAUUCGAUUCGUUCAACAAUUAUCAUCGAGCUCGGACCCGACGUUUUCGACCGUUGCUCGCUCCUUCUCUUCGAUGUCAUCUCGUGCUCCAGCACAGCAUAUUCAGGCACAUUCGCGUAAUGCCUCUCAUUCACAAACCCAACGCACACGUCGUACCUCUUUUGGGGACACGCCGCGUGCCCAGCUUGCACUGUUUGUGACCUUCCCCAAGAAAGCCGGGCUAAUUAGGCUCAGCGAUUCAGCGGUAGGAGAAGUAGAAUUGUGGGAUGAAGACCCAGGAUUGAUGGGACCCAUGGGUAGAGGUAUAGGGAGACGUUCGGUUGAAUCACUCUCAAACCCAGGCUUUGGGAUAGAGAGAGAACGGGGUGUAUGGGCGCCUUUGGAAACUUGUGAUAUCCCACCGCUCAGUAUGGAAACGGAGCCAUACACCGGCCCCUCUCCCAUUGGUGGUCUCCCGGCCUCUCCAUAUGCCACAAAUUCGUCGCCUGCAUAUCCAUCUAGUACAGCAUGGAGCAGCUCUUCAUCGCAAUAUCCUCUUCUCAACUCAAGCAAUCAUUCUCAACCUUAUAUUGAUACAAAUACGAAUAGCUAUUCAUCCGGGCCUUUGACUGCACCUCCUGCCUCCAUGCCAUCGCCAAUUCCACCGACACCAUCCAAUUUAUUCGCAGGAUCGGAGUACCCGAAACAAGUAGCUCUGCUUACGCGUGGGCGCCGAACAGAUAUUGUCGAGCUUCCACUGCGUGCUCCCGUCGGCGCCCGGCCACCCCUGUGCACUGUGAUGUGGUUAGCUCCGCCGACCAAAGUAGCACCGAGAAUAUGUGUGCCUGGCCCGGGAUUGGAGGACAAAGAUCCCUAUCUGCAAAUUGUUGCAUUUUUGAGCGAGGGCGUAGAUGUUGCUGAAAUCCCCUUGUCACGACUCAAACUAGACAGGGCCAAGUCCAAGGGCAAGGCGAGGGCAAUGAGUUCGGGUGGGGAUGAAAUUAAACUCGUGAAGGUUGAUGUCGGCGGGCCGGCAGGGUACCUCGCUGCGGGUGGACGAUGGCACCGAUUUGGUCGUGGAGAUGGACCAGGUGGUAGCUCAAGACCCAGGGAGCGAACACGCGAGCUACAACGUGCCGAUUCGACGUGGUCGGUAUCGAGUUGGGAUUCUACGUGCAAGAGCAUAAGCGGGAAAAGGAAGCCCAACGCAAGACCGAAGAAGGAUACUACAGCUGGGUUUGCCGUGGGCAUGAGUGUGCUGCUCGAUUAUUAUGUGGUUUGGAUCGGAGGGGGUAUGGCUGACGAUCCAGCACAUACUAAUAAUGAGUCCCAGCUAGAUGGAUGA